AUGUUCGCCACCAGGCCACGCCCAACCCCCAAGCCCCGCGCACACAGCCUCGUCGAGCAGGAGGAUGGUCAGCAGCACCCAGCCCAGGCGAAGAUGCUCCGCUCCCGGUCCUCCGACGAGAUCCGGCGGAGAACGAGCCAGAAGGAGCGGCUGCCCCAGCUGGCCGAACGCCCCGCCCGCCGACUCAGCCAGCCCCACGCCGACGGCGGCCAGCAGCAUGCGCCACGCAAACUGCACAACCGGGCCUCCACCCCGCUCUUCAGCCUCGCCAUGCCCGCCGAGCACGACCCCCACCGCGGGCCAGACGCCCUGCUCUCCAGGCCAUCCACCCCGAGCCUGCUCCAGCGGAUCAAGGCCGGCCUCACCCCCAAGUCCUCCUUCGCCUCCGCCGAGCCGUCCCCGGAGCACUCCGCAGAGAUCCUGCCCGUCCCCAGCCGGAAGCCCAGCCCGGGCACCGCAAAGUCCGCCAGCGAGCUCCAGCUGGCCUACUUCGAUCUGAGCCAGAGCAGCGACAAAUCGAUCUUCCCCCUCUACCGCUCCCAGUCCGACUCCCUGGGCCAGCACCACCGCCAGACCAUGGAAGAGCUCCGCCCCGCCGCACCCCUCGCCACCCCAGCACCCGCCCCGCCCCUGCUCGCCCGCUCCUUCAGCCAGGUCCGCCUCGGAAGCCCCAUCGCCCACCGCACCUCCGAGCUCUUCAACCGCUCCCUCGGCCCCUCCUCCCCCUCCGCCGCCGCCCGGGAAUACAACCGCGAGCCCUUCGCCGCCGGUGCCGACCUCCCCCGCCUCAAAUCUGCCACCGCCGCUUCCGCUUCAUCUUCCAACACUACCCAGCACACAGUCUCCAACAAGCUCAGGCGGCCGAGGACCUCCGCGUCCCACCACCAAUCCCAGCCCCUCAUCGAACUUGCCAAAAAAUCAGACAAUAAGGACAAGGAGCCGGCCAAGACCAGCGGGAAGCUGAAGCCGCUGGCACGAGCGACGGACGACGAGAGCGAGGAGACCUAUCUGAGCCGGCUCGGGACACAGAUCGAGAAGAGCAAGAUCCCGAGCGUGUUGGCGUCGAGUAAUGAUCCGUUCCAUCUCGCGGCGCUGACCAAGUACAUGGGCUCGUUCGAGUUCAGCCACGACCCGAUCGACCUGUCCAUCCGCAAGCUGCUCAUGGUCGUCGAUCUGCCCACGGAGACCCAGCAGAUCGACCGGGUCAUCGAAGCCUUCGCCAAGCGCUACGUCGACUGCAAUCCCAAGCUCUUCGCCUCCCCCGACCAAGUGUAUAUCCUCGCCUUCUCGAUCAUCAUGUUGCACACCGAUGCGUUCAAUAAAUCUAACAAGGCCAAGAUGAGUCGCGCUGAUUACGUCAAGAACACCCGGAUGGACGGGAUCCCAAACGAGCUGCUAGAGUACAUAUAUGACAAUGUCACCUUCACGCCCUUCGUGUAUGUAGAUCCCGAACGGAACAUCACGGGGCAGAAGAUGACCCACACCCACCAACAGCCGAACGACGGGAUGAGCACGUCGUUCUUCAACCUGGGCGGAAAUGUGAACAACAUGACGCCGAUCCUGCAAUCGAGCAGCAUUCUCCCGGGGGGGACGAAGGAGGGCAAGGGCAAGCUAGAUCCGUACCAGCUGAUCGCGAAGGGCUCCACCCACGAGCUGCGUCCAGACCUCGGCGCGGUCAUCCCGAGCCGCAACCCGUUCAGCUUCACCGGCUCGGUGUCCUGGUUCGACUUCAAACGCCUGCGAGAGUCGUUCAACCCGGCCAAGUCGGUCAUCAUCCAGGUCGUCAACUUGGUCCCGACCACCAAGCCCCACUCGAUCUUCAAGCUCAUCGAGUCCGAGGACGCCGCCGCCGACGAGCCCCUCCUCUCCAGGAAGCCAUACGAGGACAACGGGAACCCGGACUCGAGGACGCUCAACCUCGCCGCCUCCCCCGGCGCCGUCUACCCCGGCUUCCUCAACCUUCGCGCAAUCAAGGUCGGCCUCGUCCACCUGAAGAUCGACGCCUUCACCCCCUUCUCCACCGCCCCGCCCGCCCCCCUGCCCCCCUCCUCCAACACCUCCAACACCACCUCCUUCGCACAGCCCAAUCACUCUGGCGCAGGAGCAAGCAGCAACCCGAUCAACGAGCUCAGCAUGGCCAAGAACGUGAUCUCGAAGAAGUGGAAGCUGUUCUGCGUCUUGCUCACCGCCCGCCAACUCAUCCUCAUCAAGGAUGUCGGGCUGGCCGCCGAGUUGCAGGAGUCCAUCAAGCUCGCCGGGUUCAGAAACCAGGCGAACCCCGAAGACCAACUCGUCGUCCGGAUCACCGGGCUCAAGCCUGAUCUCGUGCUCUCCUUGGACGGCGGCGUCGCGCUCAUGGACUCGGAUUAUCAACGCAGGCCUUGCACGUUUCGGCUGAUACUUACUAAGGAUCUGAGUCUGUUGAUGGGCGUUGAUGACAAUGAGGACAUGAAUUCGUGGAUCACGCACAUCAACUAUGCGGCGACGUACAAGACCCAUCGGCUGCCCUUCUGGCCCAGCCACACCUACCAGGCGAGUCCCCGUCCAUCGAUGUCCAGCACCCCGGUCGCAGGGAACUCUUCCCGGGUUUAUCAGCGCGCCGCGCUUAAUGGGGCCGAGUCUAAUCCGUCCAAUAACGAGGACAGCUCUGAGAGUCUGCUCUCUUCCUCUUCCCUCCGUCAUCAUCAUCAUCAGCAGCAGCACCAACACCAGCAUCAACAGUAUCAGCAUCAGCAGCAAGAGAGUAGAAGGACUUCGCUAGAUAGGGCCCCCAUCUCCCGCAGCUCCUCCUUCUCCAACUCCCUCUUCGCCGCUAGACCCUUCGAGAUCGGCCCCAACUUGAUCGGCGAAAGCCCGCGCUCGAGCAGCGUCCAUUCGCAGCGUCAUUCGACGGUCUCGUCGACCAAUCUUCUGUCGCAUUGGGACCUUGUCAGAGCCCAGAUCGUGAGUCUGGAGGGCCAGAUCCUGGCGGCCAAGACGGAGCUGAACGAGGAUUUGCGACUGGCGCGCAACCUGGCGGUGCUGACCCCGUUCCAGUUCUCGACCCGGUCGAAGCUGCAACUGGCGAUCAUGCCGGUGGCCAACCGGGUGCGCAACUCGCGCAGCCAGCUGUCCAAGCUCGUCUGUUACCGGGAGAUCUUCGUCCGCGACCUGGCCCUGUCGAUCGCCGGCUCGGCCGAGUCUGCACCCGCCGCUGCAGCAUCCUCGCGGACUACGACGGCUCACGCGGCCACGCCCAGACUCUCCGAUACUGUCUCCUCCACCGGAUCCAGAAACCCGCAUCCUGCUGGCCCGGAGGAGAUCAGGAUCCGCAACUCGGUCGAGCGCGCCAGCUCGGCCGGAGGUGACCACAGGGACCUCCUGCUCAGUCGCGCCAGUCGCGCACAGUCCGUCAGCUCCACCCGGAUAGCCUCCGGGGUCGUCCAUAUCCCGGAGGACCAGGCCGUCGUCCGCCCCGAAGAAACGGACCGAACAGGAGACCCACGGCCCCUCGAAAUCAUCUCUCGACCCGUCGUCGAGCCCGGCGCUGUGCUUGCCACGCCUCAUCCUCCUGCCGCUGCCACAUCGCACGAUCUGUCGGCCUCGGCAUCCUCCUCCUCCACCGUCGUCCUGCCUGCGCCCCCCUUCCCGCACCGCCCCGCGCACCUCCAUCCGACGUCCUCCGCGGUCCUUCUCUCCACACACCCCACCCUCGUCACCUCGCCCGUCCAGAUCGACGGCAUCGACGAGGCGGGCGAGGAGGAGGAAGAGGAGGAGGACGAGGGCCCGGACGCCGAGGAAGUGCUGGCCUGUCUGCGCAAAGUCGGCCGCCACCCCCUCGCCGGCCUCAAGGGCCCGUCCGACACCAUCCUCAGUCGGCCUUCUCACACCCACGACGCCGGGCCCCCCUCUUCUGGGGCGGCUACCUGGGGCGUCGCCAUCGGCCGGUCCCGAUCCGGAACCUCUAUCUCUGGCCGCUCCGCACGCGACACGCCUCCCGCCGGCCCUGGCGCCCCGUUGAUGAGCACCACGGGGUCGACGCGGUCGAUCGUCAAGAUCCCCUUCCUCUCCUCCUCCUCCCACGCCGCCUCGCGCAAGAACCCGCCCGUCUCCGCCGCACUCUUCGACCCCCCUGCUCCUCCUCCACCAUCCAUGCCCAGCGCCUCCCGGCCGGCCGAGCUUGACCAGCAGCAUCACCAGCACAUCCUGCGGCUGUCGGCCUCCGCCUCCGCCGCCUCCAUCCACUCCUCCGCCCACACCACCGCGUCCACCAUCACGCCGCUGCCCGGCAAGCCCUCCCUCCUCGGCCCGCCGGCCAAGCCGGCCAAGAGCCCCGCCCGCGCCGCCGCCCGCGCCCGCAUGCUCGACAAAGCCCGCCUCGUCGCCGCCUCUUGUCGUCCGUUCUCUGCCGUCGGGUCUUCUAGUGGCACGGGUCGGAGCGCCAAGCUCUCCACAGCCUCCCUCUCCCCCCCUCUCGCCUCCCCUCCCCGUCCCCCCGCACCACCAGCGACCAGUCCCCGGCUGCUGUCCCCCAUCCUCUCCCCCUCCUCCCACGACCAGCUCUCCUCCGCUUCCUCCCUCCCCAUCGCCUCCAGACCCCAUCGCAGCCGCUCCGACUCCCGCGCCCGCCCCGCCACCGGCUCCGCCACCGGCUCCGCCUCCGCCCUCGGCUUCCCACCCCCACCCCCACCCGCCGCCAAACGGUUCACCCAGGCCUGGGGACUCCCCUGA